AUUGUAUAGUUCUCGAUUGUGCAGUGAGUUGAAGUGACGCUUCAAACGGGAUCGAAAGGGAAGCUUUGGCAGUACAAUUAACCUAAUGUUGAUCGGCUAAAAAAUGUUUAGCUCCAAUAAAAAGGCGUGUACGCCCAAAAACCUCUUCAUCAAUGUACUCAUCUUUGGAACCCUUUUAUCCGGGAUUGCACAACUCAUACACGAUAAUUUAUUUUCAGAUGCGAAUAAACUGACAAUGUACGAUGAUAACCGCAGAGUGGCGAUAGUAGUUAAUAUAAAUAACGAGACUACAGCGGCAUGUGGAGAGUUAGGGUGUUUCAAAAUGAAGAACAUCUCGUUCACUUUAGAUACCAACCGAUCAAAUAUUACAAAGGAAUUUGGGGACAACAUAACACUGGAAUGCCCGCUCUCUUCUGGCAAUGAUAACAUGAUAUACUGGAUCGGUGCGAGAAAAGCAAAUGUCACCAAAAACGACACCCACUUUUCCGUGACAGAGGGUUAUUUUUACAAGGGCGAUAGUCACAACCGAUCCCAAUUAUCGUUUGCAAAAUUGACGGGAUACCAACAACGGUACUUCGUGUGUAUUCUGGUUAACAACAACUCAGCAAAGAUUUCAUACCAAUAUCUAACCGUCGAACAUGAUGAAGAUGAAAGCCAUUAUUCAGGCGAAGAGUUCAAUGAGGAUGAUAGAAAAAAUGCUGCAAUUAUACACAAAGCCAAAGAGGCACAAAAAAACCAACAACUAGCCGGCAUAAUCGCUGCCGCUGUCGUGCUGCUCCUGACCAUCAUUAUUAUCAUUGGUAUAACUGUCUACAGAAGGCGAAACGGCAAUGUCAUUGUUAAAUAUUGGUUAAAAAAAGUUACCGUGGAGAAACCACCAUCAGAAGCAGGAGAAGUGGUAAUGCCGAUAGUCAAAAUAGAAAAACAAAGAUUAACCCAGGUUGGAAUCAUAGGAAAUGACACUACAUUAAUGUCAGAAUAUCAGAUGCCAGUGGAUGCCCAAUGGGAAAUACCAAGAUCCAAAAUUUCGCUUACUGGACAAUUGCUGGGAGAAGGUGAAUUCGGAAAAGUGCUGAAAGCUGAGUCACAUGGAGUAGUCUCAGAAGAUGCUAAGACUAUAGUAGCAGUAAAAAUGUUAAAAGACGGCUACACGGACGCAGACAUGAUAUCCCUGGUGUCAGAGAUGGAGAUAAUGAAGAUGAUCGGCAAGCAUGAGAACAUCAUCAACCUUCUAGGUUGCUGCACGCAGGACGGCCCGCUCUACGUUGUCGUGGAGUACGCGCGCAAUGGUAGCUUGCGCGACUACCUCAAGAAACACAAACCUCCCAAAAAUGCUGGAUCCACGGAGAAUUUGCUGAGCAAGCCGUUAGCGCAGAGAGAGCUGGCAGGCUUUGUUUGGCAAGUGGCGAAAGGGAUGGAAUAUUUGGCGUCGCGUGGUUGCAUCCAUCGUGACCUGGCGGCACGUAACGUGCUGGUAUCGGCUGACCUCGUCCUGAAGAUCGCCGACUUCGGGCUGGCGCGCGAUGUUCGCGAUACUGACUACUACCGGAAGCGCACGGCUGGCAAACUUCCAAUGAAGUGGAUGGCUCCGGAGUCUAUAGCAAAGAAUUAUUAUGAUAAGCGUUCUGAUGUGUGGUCGUUUGGCGUGAUAACGUGGGAGAUCAUGACGUUUGGCGAAAUUCCUUACGCCAAGAUAUCAGUUUACAAGCUGUACAACCAUUUAGAAAGUAAUAACAGGCUCGAAAAGCCAGAUGACUGCAGCAAUGAAAUGUACGAUAUGAUGAAAAGCUGUUGGGCCUUCAAACCCGAGGAUCGGCCGACAUUCGAAGAAAUCGUCGGUAUUAUGAAGUCCAUGCUGAACCUUCCGGAAAAUGAGCCGCCGCCGGAAAAUAUGAAUGAAUACGUGACAAUGCUGGCAUAACAACGAAUCUAAUACGAGUGAUCAAACAUACUUAUACAUACAUUGAUGAGACAUGACAAAAAAAAGGGAAUGUGCAAAAAUGUUACGAAUCUUAAAACUAAUAUUGUCUUAUGAGACCAGCAGGAAUCAACUUUUCACGCCUCUGUUUUACUCUGUUUUGUACGGCCUCUGGUUGCAAGAUGAUGACCACUGCGGGUGUGCGAGGAGGGCGAAGCUUUGGUUUAGGCUUGGCUUUUGAGUCCUGUCUUCCGCCGGUCUUGCCGCUUUGUUAGCGCCCGUCGCUUCUUGUGCGGAGCCGGGGAGGA